AUGUCGGGGUCCUCCUCUGAAUCGCCACUAGCAGCUCAGCAGCGCCACCCCAGGAGCCCCAGCCCCUGCAAAGUGAAGUGGAGGAGGGGGGGGGGGAGGGAGAUCACACAGCGAACCUCCGACGUGUUCAGCAGAACUCCAGACCACACAGCAAGCUGGACGGGACGCAGUGCGCCCAAGGAUCCAGGGCAGAAUGAAACGCAGAAAACCUGGGGUCUCUUUCCCGACACAUCUGGGGUCUCUUCCAACUCGCACUCCACCAGAUCCUCGCAGAACGUGGUCCCAUUCUCCCCAGCUCCAGCGAGGAGCCAGGAUCACCCCCUCAGUGGGUAUUGGAAUGGACCACAAACACCUGUAGACCCAGGGACAUCAAGAGCAGGUGGGCUGAGGCCGGGAAAGGAGCUCGCAGCCCUGGGAGAGCAGCUGCAGGGGACUCGAUCAGCGACAGGGACCGAUCCCACGAGCAGGAGCUCUUCCCAUCCGGGCGAGCGGUUCACAGGUUCACGGACGGCCAGUCGCACCCGGAACAAUCGCGCGUGUCGAGCUCAGAUCACGCGGGCGCCGGGCGAGUGCGGAGGAGAAAUAACGAGCAGAAACCAGGAAAAUAAGUCUCAAGCCAGAAAACUGCCACUGACUGUGCACACUGUGCAUGACGGUGGACACAGCCACCCCUCCCACCUGAAAAACCUUGAUUUCUGUGUGAAAGAGACGCUGAGGCCCGGAGUCGCAGUCCUCACUCGCCCCUCAAGCGCAGCACUGAAGCACACAACCUGCCACAUGGGAAGACAGGAAAACCCCUCCGGCGGUCCCGGGUUCGAGCUGGAUGGACCAGUCUCCCCCCUGCCCCCCCCCGCCCCGCCGCGAUCCAAAACAACGAAUGUCCACGUACACAUGCCCCCUCUCCCUGACCACACCCGUGUUUACACGGCUCACGCCCCCUCUCCCUGA